GGUUGCAGCCCUGGAUACUAUCGGGAUUACAAAGGCUUUUUUACUGGACACUGCGUUCCCUGCAACUGCCACGGACACUCAAAUCGAUGUCAGGAUAGGUCGGGAAUAUGUAUUAACUGUCAGCACAACACGGCCGGGGAGCACUGCGAGCGCUGCAAGGAGGGUCACUAUGGGAACGCCGCCCGCGGAUCCUGUAGUGUCUGCCCCUGUCCUCACACCAACAGGUAAGGCAGAGGCUUCAGCGUAACCUGGAGAGGCAGG